ACCUCCUCGCCCCCUUCGUGCACCAACCGCUAUUCCACCCUGAGAGCUGGCGAUCCGAGGGCUCUGCUGGGCAUCUUAGUUAGUGACCUAAGCUGCAGAAGUAGCCGCCAUACACACAGACAUACACACACACACACACACAAACACACACACAUUUAAACACUUAGUGCUAAUUCCUGGUCUGACUCAGCGCGGACAGAUUCCCGCUCCAGCUUUUUCUCAUCUCUUUGGAUCAAUCAUGUUACCUGAAUAUGUGUGUGUGAGACUGCACCAUGUACUCAGUCGAGGCAGGGAUGUGGGACCCCCAGCCUCCGUCUAAACAUGCCUCGUCCCUCUCCCCGCGACCCCCCUCCAACUUACGCCCUGCCCAUGUGAUCGCAGCCCCCCCUGCCAAACGGAUCACCUUCUAUAAAAGCGGCGACAGCCAGUUCGAGGGUGUCAAAAUGGCCAUCCAAAAGCGCAGCUUCAAAUGUUUCGACACCCUGCUGGACGACCUUUCCCAAAAGGUGCCCUUGCCAUUUGGCGUGCGGACUGUGACAACUCCCCGCGGCACCCACGCCAUCAAACACCUGGAGCAGCUCCAGGACGGUGGCUGCUACCUCUGCUCAGACCGGCGCCAGGCUAAGCCAGUCAAUAUGGAGCUGGCCGGCAAACGUCCGACCAUCUGGUACCAUCACAGCCGGAGGCCCCAGCAGCCCGAAUCCUCGUCCGGAACACCGCCCGGCCAUCAGUCUUACAGGCAGCGGCGGAUCCUGCUGGUGAAGAACAGCGAGCCGGGGAUGAGGAGAAGCGUGGUGCUGAGCAGAAGGUCAACCAGGAGCCUGAAGUCCUUUCUUGAUGAGGUGUCAGAGGUGAUGCAGUUUCAUGUACGCAAGCUCUACACUGCUGAGGGACGAAGGAUUGACAGCGUACAAAACCUGAUGACUUGUCCUGGUACGUUGGUGUGUGUUGGCCGGGAAGCCUUCAGCCCAUUGUUGAUAAACUUCAUCAGGAAGAGCUCAGAGGAAAAACUGCCUGGUCUGGGCAGCAGGGGCCCUGCUCUUGGCCCCAGGACUCCUGGAAAUGGGGCCAGAUCUCCUGCUACUCAAGGAGCAAGAUCCCCACCUCGUGGAGCUCAGUCUAGAGCCAGCGAAUACAGCGAAGGGCAAGAAAGCAGGAAAAAUGCUAACUUCGGUCUGGAAACCAAAAAAAGCAUAAUCCAUCCUCGUUCAGAUUCCUCAAACCGCUCCACCCGUUUCUCCUUGUCUUCAGAGAAGUCAUACAGCAAUGGUUUCAGCGCCUACUCCCAGGCCAGACCAGCUAUUAUGAACGAUGACAUUGAAAAGCGUGUCCUGGUCAAUAAAGACGGCAGCCUGUCAGUGGAGAUGAGGGUGCGUUUCCGCCUACACAAUGACGAGACCCUGCAGUGGUCUACACAACUCAAGAAAUCCCCAUCUCUGACUAAUGAAUGCUGCCCUCUGAGUCAGGCCCAGCCCCAUUACCUGCAGCAGUGCCAAUCAGAGAGCUGCUCUGAUCCUGAUUCCACAUCCUUUGACCCAGAGGGUGUGGAUUAUUCUAAUCAACCUGCGCAGUGUUUGUUGGAGGGGAACCAAUGUCCUUGCUGUUACCAGAGACAGGAACAGCAGUACGACUUAUGGGAAAACCCAGCACACAGCCAAAAACAGCACCCUGUACCUCCACCACAUCCACCCAGCCACUCCCACACUCUGCUGAGACAUACACACUCUUCUAGCUCUUCCUCGUCAUGUAAUUCCAGGAGGGUGGUGCGCUGUCGAGAACGGAUCACAAACUGUGGCACAGGUUCAAAGCAGAGCCAACUGGUCCAGGAGGAGAUGUUUGUGACGGAGCAGGUUGAGCGCAGAGUAGAGCUGGAGAAGAAUGGAGAUACCCAUGUCGAGGUGUGCAGGAUGAGCCGAUGCUGCAGCCGCAGUGAAAUGGUUGCCUUUGAUAGCAAACUACGACCACUUAGCAGGAAGUCAGUAGAGGAUGACCUACUGAUGGGGGAAGAUGGGGACCGUCCACUGUCUGCAAUCAGUAGCUCCUCUCAUAUCCUUCAAUCACUGCAAGAGGACCAGGAUGAUGACCUGCCACCUAGCGCCUCACAAUGCUGUCAAUGCAAUGAACCCUGUCCUUCCCCAACUUCACAGACUCACCUGAGCAACAAACCAACAAGCAGUGUCGCAGCUGGUUCUGUCCACUCGACAGAACACAAGAAGCAAGAGGAAGAGAGAGAAAGCAAAACAGUAUCUGUAGCCUCUUCCUGUCAGUGUGGAGCAGCCACCCCACAUUCAACAGCUGAAGCAGAAGGGAUGGAUCGAGCUCCCAGCUCCAAGUCCAAAACGAGCAGAGCCUCAAGCAGGUCCAGCAAAGUCCGCAUCCCAAACUCAGAAGAAGAGGGGGCUGCAGAUGAUGAGGAUGAAGAUGUACAGAGGGUUGUCAGUGGCUUGUCUGGUCGUACAGGAUGUUCUCUGCAAUCAAGGGGAUCCAAUAUAUGUCCCAAUUGUGGCGGAUGCAAAAGUGGGGUCAACUCUGAAUCCAAUAGCAGAGCAUCACAGAGGUCCAUGCAUUCCCACCGAGCCUCUCCAAUGCAGGCCACACCUCUUUCCAGCCAAGAGAAUGCAAAUAAUGGCAGUGAUGAUGAUGGCUCGGAAAAUUCAGUUGGGUCCACAAAAUCCAACAAGAACAACCUCACCAACAAUGGCCGCUGCUCUGCAAUAUCAAACAUCCAGGAGCACAGAGCAUCUAGUGCCAUGUCAAGAAUGUCCCAUCCUGAGGAAGCAGGAAAAGAGGAAGAAAGGGCUUUGAGUGCAACCUCAGCCACAAGCCACAGGUCCAAUAGAUCAUGCAAAUCUGGCUAUAAUGACAGUCCUUGUGGCACAGAACAAAAGGACAGAAGCCCCAGUGCAAUAUCGGCUCAGUCCAACAAGUCCGGCAGGUCACACAAGUCCAACUACAGCUGCACCGCUGGCGAGCCUGACAUAAAGACAACAGAGGAGGCAAAAGAAGCGAACACUGAAGAAAGAGCACUUAGCUCCUUGUCAGCCAAAUCUGGUGCCUCAGCGGAGACCAGUGCUUCGGUCAAGAAAGGAACUAAGGUUGCCUCACCACCUGACAAUACAGCUGUGGAGGACGAUGACACAAACAAAAGAACUUCCAGUGCCCUAUCUGAUACGCCUGGUGAAGCAGAAAGAUCAGAUAGUGUCAUGUCUGCUAAAUCAGCUAAAUCUUAUGUGUCAGCAAAGUCCGGCACAUCUCACAGGUCUAUUUGCAUUCACUGUGCAAGAGCAGUAUUUCAAGCUGAUGUCCCCGUUAUCGAAGCAACAGAACAGGAAGAAGAAAUGGAGUCAGAGGAGAGAGCAGCGAGUGCCAUGUCAGGCAAAUCUAAUCUUUCUGCCAAAUCUAAUAAAUCCCACAAGUCCAUCAAAGCUGGAGAAGAUGGAGAAGAAAGGGCAGCGAGUCAAGCAUCAUGCAGAUUAGUCAAAUCUAAAAUUUUCCACAAAAAUGACAAUGAAACCGCUGCAUCUCCAAGCUCCAAGGAAAAGGAAAAUGAGCAGGGAGAAGAUGAACAGCCUGAAAGUGUAAUAUCUGCUAAAUCAGCCAAAGACACAGCAAAGACACAGGUAGACAACAUUGAGGACAGAACACCCAGCACCAUGUCUAGUAAAUCACACAUCUCUGCAAAAUCCUCCAAGUCCCAGAAGUCAAAUCAAACAACAGCAUCUCCAAAUCCAAAUGAAGCCGAUAUGCCUUCUAUUGAGAUAAAUGGAAAAGAGGAGCAUAAUGAAAAUCAAGAGCGGGUGGCCAGUGCCCUGUCUGUCAAGUCAAAAUCUUCUAUAAAGUCCCAUACUUCUCAGAAGUCUAGUAAGAAUCUCAAACUUGUGUCACCAAGUCCAAAUGUUGUCACCUUUCAACCACCAGAGGGGGUUGAUGAAGAUGAAAAUGAGAAAACAGAGAGAGCACAAAGUGCUGCAUCUGCUAAAUCAGAGAAAUCUAGUGUUUCAACUUCAUCACAUAAGUCUCGCCAUAAGAGAUCAGCGGAUUUUGCUGUCAUUAAAAGAGCAGAUGCAGAUGAAAAUGUGGAAGAAAAUUCAACAAAAAGUACAUCUCACGGACAAACGCUCUUACCCAGGGGGUCAUGUUCCCCACUGACCCACUCACCCAAAGCUGCAUCCCCCAGCAGAUCUAGCAGAUCUGGCAGAUCAAAAUAUGGCUGUGGAGCAGCUUCAGCACUUGAAAAGUCAAAGGAAGAAAAAGAGGGGGAGAAAAAGGAAGAUCCUGAGGAGCUUGAAGAUAAGGAGGCUUCUGAGCAGGACAGCAUCCUGUCGUCCUCAAGCAGAAGGCACAGUAGAGAAUCAGGAGGCACUGAGCAGCCACUGAGUCGAAACUCAUCAGGCUCAGUCUCUCUUGGGUUGCCAGAAGACCAGGAAAUAGCCGACUCAGACAGUGGCAAGUCCUGUGUUUCUUUUCACACAAAUACUGAAAAAAAGGGCAGAGUGAAGACAGUAACUCCCGAUGUCCCCAAAAGCUCAGAACAGUCCGCCUUGAAGGAAGAAAGGGAGGAAACGGGGUCCAUCACAUCUCAAAAGUCCAGCAGUAAAAGCGCUCACAAUCAUAUCCCUACUUUUAAAACAACAGGGGGGAGCAGGGAUAAAGGUGAAGAAGGUGGCAAGCAAACAACAGAGAGAGGAGCCAGCUCAUUGUCAAAAAGCAGCAAGUCUAACAAAUCUUCCUGUAGCUGUGGCAACAAAGCACCUCAAACGCUUGACAGUAAGUCAAAGCAACACACUAGUGCCAGCCCAACCAAAGCAGGAAAUGACCCUGAAACGGCAAGUUUGAAGUCAGCUUCAACGACAAAAGCUAGCAAAAUGUAUGCCAAUGACAACAGGACAUCAUCUGCAAUGUUAGCAGCAAGUGCUAAAGGUCGGAGUAAAUCCCCUGCAAGUGCCAGCGCUGAAAAUACCAAUGUAGCUCGAGAUUCAGGAGAUAAUGCCGCUGCAAUUCAGGCCAUCAGUAGACCAGCUAGUAAGGCCGAAUGGGAAGAAGAUAAUGCAGACAAUAAGGCGGCAGGUGUCCAAUCCAAGAGUCCCUGUAGCCUCAGGCCUGAUUCAGCAGUUUCAACUCACUCAGACUCCAAGAUGAAAGCCUCAAAGCAGAGUAAGGCCAAAUCCAGCACCGGACCAAGCAGCAAAGUGGAGACAUUUAGUGGGAGCACUCUGCAUCACUCUACGUCUGCUGCUGAUAUGCUAAAGGAAACCAUGGCUGCUGCUGCUGCUGCACGUUCAAACAGCCAACAGUCCAUGGCCAGUAAAACCAGUGACAAGUCCAGGAGUAAAAGGUCUCAGAGGAGCAGGAACCAGACAGAUCAGGAGGAACUGGAACUGUCACCUGCCUGUCUGCCCAACGCUUCCCCCAAUGAGGUUGUCAGUGACUGGCUGCGGAGCAUUCCCGCUAACAGCUGCAUGCUCGCACUUGGUGAUGGGCUGAAUGAGGAGGAGCAGGAGAAGGUGGAGGAAGAGAAACCCGGAGAAGAAGAAGCAAAGGAGGAGGGAAAUCUGGAAGAGGGGAAAGUGGAAGACAAGAAGGAGGGUGUUGAGGCAAACAAGGAAGAACAGAAAGAGGAGGAGGCUGAAUUUGAUGCAGCAGAGGAGGAGAAGAGUCCAGAUUCAGCUCCAGGUGGUGGUGAUGCUGCGGGGACUCUACCCAAAAGUUGGCAUUCUUCAGUUGCAGUGAUGAAAGUUCUUCUGAGCUCCUCUCCGGGUCGAUGUCACAGCAUGCCUGAGGUGUCUCCAGUUUAUGGUCGUAGACUGAGCACAUCCGCCAGGGGGUUUCUGGACUGUUUGGCCCAGCUCCAGCUCAUUGAGCCUAAAGGGACCCCUGGCUUUGACCAAGAGAAGGACCGCAACCAGCAGUAUGAGGACAUUAUGGCCAUCCUUCAGUCUCUCUGGCUCACUGUAACCAGAGACAUUGCGACCAAGGAGACCAAGGACGUUGGCACGGAGCAGGUGACUCCACCGAGGUCCUCAUCCGGGGUGGGAAUGAGCAGUGGCUCUGGCGGAUCAGGGAAGGAGAAUGGAACUCAAGGUGGAGAUGAAACAAAUCAAAACAAAACAAAAGAGUCCUCUUUACAUGAGGGAGAAGAAGGGGGAGCGGAGAAGGUUGUAGAAGAGGAAGAGAAAGGAAAUGCAGAGGCAGAACACAAGGAAACUGAGGCAGAACCAGAGGAGACAGAGGUUGCAGAUGAAGAGGUUCAGAGUACAGUCCCUCCAAUUCUGGACAGCCCAAAAGUCUCUGAGAAUCCCUUGUCAUUGGAAAAGAGCUCUGCCAACAACAGCUCCAAAUCCCCCACGGAUAACGAACAAGAGACGGCGGAGGACUCAGGCAGCUCAGGCACACCCCCGACAGUCCUGCGAGCACCAUUGUCAAAACGACUAUCCCAAGACCCUGAUCCGGUGUGGGUCCUGAACCUUCUGAAGAAGCUGGAGAAACAGUUCAUGGACCACUACAUUAACGCCAUGGCGGAGUUUAAAGUUCGUUGGGACCUGGACGACAACCUCAUGCUGGACACCAUGAUCGGCGAGCUGAGGGAAGAGGUGAGCAGACGCAUCCAGAGCAGCGUCGAGCGUGAGGUGAGGAAGAUUCAGAGUCGCGCCGGCAGAGGGGGGAAGUUUCCCCGGCCGCCGCAAAGACCGGACCUCUCCAGGGAGUCCACCGUAACAGAGAAGAGGCGUCAAAUAUUGAAGGUCAUGAAGAAAAAGUCAGUAAAAACCGCUGAUUGCCUGAGCGAUGAAGACAUGACGGCUGAGUUCAGCGACCAGCGAAGCGAUGACGAGUACUGUCCCUGUGAUGCUUGUGUUCGCAAGAAAAUGGCCGCCCGGCCUCUCCAAGCUAACCCGCUUGCAGCCAAAGCACCGGUGAUGAUGGAGUUUGACCUCCUUAAGAUUCUGCAGCUGAAGAAAACCCCUGCGCCUGCAGUCGUGCUGCAAUCUGCAGAGAUGGAAAUUGAUUGCGAUAGCGAGGGAAGGAAUUUAGAGGUGGUGCAGGAGGAAGAGGAGGAGGAGGAAACUAAAGAGGAUAUUAAAGCUAAAGUUGUUUUAGAGGAGACAAUUCCAGAGGAAGAUGAGGAAACAGGGAACGAUGGGGGUGAGGCAGGAGAUGAUGAGGAGGAGGAGGAAGAAGCUGAACAGGAGGAAAGUAUUGCAGGUGGUGAGGAUCAGGAAGAGAAAGAAACAGCUGGAGAGGAACCUGGCGAAGAGGAGACAUCAGGAAAUGAAGAGGAAGAGGCAGAAUGUCAAUGCCAGUGUGCCAGAAAUGAGGAGGAGAGCGACAAAGCAGAAGAUGGAGAGGAGGAAACAGCAGAAGAAGAGGCUGCUGAGGAAACCCGCGACAACGCAGCUGAGGAUGAGACAGGAGAUGAUGAAGAGAGAACAGGGGAGGAACAGGGGGAGAACAAAGAGGAUGGAGAGACAGGAACCGAGAAAGAGGAGGAUGAGGAGGAAGAGGAGGAGGUCGAGAGUGACAAGGAGACGGUAAAAGAGGUAACAGCAGGUGAAGGAGAAACCACUGAAAAGGGCGAGGGUGAGGAGGAGGAGGCCGAGGUGGAAGACAUUGAGGUGUCUGAAUUUGAGGAAGAAGAUGAAGGAAAGGAAGGAGAAGAUGAAGGAAAGAAAGAACAAGAAGAAACGACAGGCAAGGAAAGCGGAGAAGAUGAGGAUUCUGGGGAAACGGAGGAUAACAGCGCGGCAAAAAAUGAAGAAGAGUUUGUGGAGGGUAACGUCAGCGCUUCGGCAGAGGAUGAAGAUGAAGGGGACGAUGCUUCCGGAGAGGGGGAGUCACAUGAAGAUGAAAAGGAAGGAGAGAGUGAGGAGCCAGGAUAUGAGGCAUCAGAGGAGGAAAGAACCUCAUUAAAGGGCCAGGGGGUGGUUGUGACCGAGGGUGACGAGUCCCACGCCGAAGAAUCAAAUACCGACAGCAAGCGUCCAAGUGACACCAGCGUGGCCGAAUCCGGACACGAGGGGGCCGGAGCCACAGAAGACGAGGAGGGGACAGAGGGCGGAGAAGGUGGAGCUGAGGCCAAUGAUACUGUAGACGAGGAGGAGGAUGGAGAGGUGGACAAAAGGGAGAACGGCGUUCUCUUCCAUCAGUUCACCAGGACCUCUGUGGAGUCCCAGCCCGGCUCUUUGGAGGACAUUGACACAGAGUCACCCAAUAAUCUUGUCAACUCCACAGAAGUACCCAAAAGGGCUGCUUGUGUGUGCGGUGGUGUAUGGACGGGCCAGAGGAGGAGCCGCUCGCCGGGUAGGGUUAAACGGUCCAAACCCAAAGAGUGUGACGUUGAGUUGAAUUGACUUUUAACUCACACGGACACCAGACUUAUGGUCACAGACUCCCAUAAAUCCUUGCUCGGUCAGUGACUCCAUGGAUAGAGUUAUGUAGGCAACAAAAAAAACUGCAAACAGAAACUCAAACACUUAAAGCACUUUAUCACUCCAGAUCCGAUGUAGAAUAUUGAAACUUGAAACCUCCACAUUAUCCUAUUUAAUUACAUGAAAUAUAUAUGCAUAUUUUGUAAGUUAAUUUGGAUGUACGAAGGGAUAUGUCUAAUUCUGUAUGUGUCUGAAUAAGUUAUAUUUUUUGAAUUGUUUGACACCCGUGGGUGUAUUAUGUAAACUUGCUAUUUUGUGUAGUGGACCACAGGUGUAAUGAUUUAUUGAAUCAUGUAGCCAAUACUUUACCAAGUACCUCGGAGAUAUAUGAUCUAUUUAUUGCCUGUUUCUAUAGUGUGACAGACCCAGUGUAUUGAUACUUCGUGGGUGAAUCAGUGUAACUCUUCGUCUAUUUUACUUGGGCUCAUCUUAUCUUAAGUCUUUAUUCUCAGGGGUUUGGAAGGUCUUCUCCCAGCUAUUACUUAACUAGCUCCUUAAAUCUGUGGUCUGU